CACGGGCAGGGUGCACGGCCGUGCAUAUCACCAUUCUGGCCGUGCAAUUCAAAACGCAGCGUGUCAUUUAGUCGAACUUCAGCCCUCUCGCACGGCCAGGGUGCACGGCCGUGCGAGCUUCAGGGGUUGCCCGUGCGUGUCCUCGGCAUAAGGCGCACGGCCAUAUUGCUCACGUGCACGGCCGUGCAGCCUCCCUGGUCUGCCCGUGCAGCUCCCCAAAAACCUCGCCAUUCGUCCGUUCUUCGUCCAAUCGACCCCAGACUCGCUCCUAAGCCUUCAUUCACGUACUAGGACCUGAAACAUCACAAACAAGCACAACCUAGCGUGAAAUCGGCCUAAAACACGAGAAUCAACACCUCAAACGGUGUAAGAAUGGGGGUAAAAACAUGUGUAAAUGACGGUCUAUCAGAAGCCAAGCAAGAGGGUCCGGGAAAGGCCCAUCGAGCCCGAAGUCACGCCAUAUCCCGGGUGGAAACUGCCGCCUCCAUUGGUUGCUCCCCAAGGUGUCGGCCUGAGAUCCCCCCAAGGUGGCGGCCCGAGUUCUCCCCAAGUUGGCUUCCCGAGUUCUCCCCAAGUUGGCGGCCCGAGUUCUCCCCAAGUUGCCGGCCCGAGUUCCACCCAAACUCCCCACCAAGGCUCGUACUACGAUCCCCGCUCGACCUACCAUCAAACCCCUCAGAGUCCCACCCCGAUCUCAUACAACGAUCCCCGCCAUGGAGCAUACUACGAUUACCGCCCGAUCUACCCCCCAUCUCCCCGCCAAGGAGGUUACUACGAUUACCGCCCGGUCUACCCCCCAUCUCCCCGCCAUACAUCAUCGGGUACUUGGCAUGAUGGUUCCUCCGCGACGGCACACCACGAUUUUACGCCAUGGACUCGCCCUCAUCAGCAGUGUCCUCCUACUACUCACCGUACUUCCGUGGAUGUCCCCCGCUCGACCCCGGAAGUGUCGAUUCCCCGCCGACACAGCAUCGACGAGCGCCAAAAUACCUCGGCCCGAGUUCGAAACUUGCCACCGCAACCACAUGUUGUUACUCCCGUCGGUCGUCGUACAAGGAGCAAGAAAACUGUGGGUUCCGGUGAAGCUCGUGGACUUCCUUGAGUUAUAUUUGAGAGUUGAAUUUAAUUUAUAUGUAAUUUGAACUAUUCCUAUUAUCUUAGUUUAUCGAAUUGAUUGUUGUUUCAAUUUGGUUUUAUUUAUAUCCCCUUGGAACUAUGCCUUUUAUCUUUAUGUAAUCCCAAUUAGCUCAAUUAGAAGAGAUUGGAUUGAAAAUUCUGUGUUCUAACCCAAAUUCGAGCCAAUGAACGAUAAAAUCAACA